GCCGGCCGUCCCCGUCGCCGUCAGCGUACCCGCCCCGCCCUUCUACCACCAUCCCGCGUGGCCUGGCGCCAAGGUCGAUGACUCCCUGGCGGCGUUCGAGGGCGAUCUGGGUAUGGGUGGGGCUGGUGGCGGCAAGGGCGGCAAGAAGAAGGGCGGCGGGAGGGGCAAGGGGCUCAAGGCAGGCUUCAGGCCGGCGCCGCUCAAGAUACAGAAAAAGAAGGGCAUCCACGCGGCAACCGACCAGCGCCCCCCACCCAUGCCGCCGCACUUCUUUCAAGUCGCUCCGCCGGGCGCCAUGGGGCCGGGCCCGUUUGUGGCUCAGGGGUUCGCCGUGGGCAAUGCGGUGCCUGAGGGCGGGAUGGGCGCGAUGCCGCCCCCGCCCCCACACAUGCAGCACAUGAUGCCGAUACAUGGGUUUCUGCCGCCGCUGCCCGAGCACCCCUUCGCGCACGACGUGCGGCGUGGGGGUCCCCCGCCCCCUCCCCAUCUCUGGCAGCAGCUGAAGCCUCAGAUCUCGUCUGGUGCGCCGGUGACCCCGUCGGGGCGCACGAACGUGAGUCAGACGGGGAGCGAGUCCAACAGCAGCCCCCAGAAGAGGAAGGCCACUCUGCACAACGUGCCCCCCACCUUCUCACACGACGCCCAUGUCGACCCCCUGGCCACACAGCGGGACAAGGUAAGGAAGCGAACCAGCACAGCAAGCAGGAUGACGCCACUGGUCAUUGUGUCUGUGUCUCUCCCUCCCUGUGUGUGUCUCUCUGCGCAGGAGUACUCGCCUCCGCCGCGCGUGAUGGUCGCACCGGCCCCCCCGCCCCCCUCCGCGCCACUGCCUGCGCCUGCGGGCUCGCCCGGCAUGUCGCCCACCAAGACGACGCUCUCACACCUGUUGUAUCCGCCCAACUCACCGCAGCCCCGCCCGAGGCCGACCCCGCCACCGUCGCCGGCCCAGUCGUCUAUGCCGCCACCGGCCCUGCCCUUCGGACACCCACAUGGCCCUUUCGUUCCACCAGGGCCGAUGCCGAUGCCCAUGCCUGGUGUGGGUGGUGUGGGUGUUGACAUGACCAACAACCCGCUGAUCAGCCUUGCCAAGGGCGGAGGGCCACCGGUGCACCAGCCACCGCCAUUUGCACACGCACAGCAGCCGAUGCAGAUGCAGCAGUGGCCGCGCCCACCACCACCGCCACCUGCACCACCAUCGGCACCGGCCUCCGGUGCUGUGGGUGGCCUGGCCGGGGGAGCGCCUCUCGGAGCGGGGGGCAAGGGAGCGAUCGGUCCUGGUGCUGGUGCGGCUUCCGUUAUGGGAGCGAGCGCCCUCGGCCUGACGCGCCGGAGCCGCGAGAGCACCCCUGCCGCCGUGGCGAGGGACGCGCCUGAUCCAUGGGGCGUCAAGGCUGGAGGGGAGGAGGGCGGCACCCCUUCAUCGAUGGGCCCGUCCGGCGCGUCAUGCGACGACGAUUCCAAGCGCGCCAACCUCAAGAAGCGGCCGCGUGAGUGGGGCAGCAGCAGCGUGGUGGAGGUGGCCGCCUCGCCACACCCACUGGAGACAGCCAUCCCCCCUCUACAGAAGAGAGAGAGCGAGAGCCCGGAGUCGUCAUUUCUCAAGGGCGGGCGAGUGGGGAUGCGAGGGACCAGCCCUCCGCUGCUGCCGUCGAUGUCGCUGCCUGGCGCUGGCGGGAGCGGUCGUGGUGGUGUUGGUGUUGGUGUUGGUGGUGGCCCCCAGCCGAUGGAGGUUGACAAGAAGGGACGGGGGGAGGGAGAGGGGGAGGGGGCCACCACGCAGUGA